AUGGAUAAGGAAAAGGAUAAAGAAAAACAGGGUGAACUUGAAGUAUCUUUGAAACAGUUACUCUCGAGCUACGAGCAGGUCGCAAGAAAUUUGGCGGCCACUGAAUCGGAUAUCAUGGAGAUUGACACGGACCUCAAUAACAUUGGCCAAGGCGUGCCAAUGGAUGUCGAUGACACCGAUGAAAACAGCGGGGAAGGACCAGAUAAAGAUCAGCAAAAUGAAAUUGCAGACCAACCAGAGCCAGAAGCAAAUUCAUAUGGUUCGAGCUUGUCUAGUACCGCAAAUCCCGAACGCAAGGACCUCAAUGACACCACUAUCAGCCACGAUAGCUCGGCAAGCCAGCAGUUUGUUGACCAGACCGCACGGCCUAGUGAGACCCAAGGUGCAAGCCAACAGGAUCACGAAAAACCCAAGGAUUAUAAAGAUUAUCCGUUUGUUGACCUAACUUUGGGUGACGACGACGGACCAAGUGAGCGACUCUUUGAGAACGGCACAGUCAUUUUGAAGAAGAACGCUCGGAGUGGAGUUGACUACCUUAACUCAUAUGGGCCCUUGAACUGUGCGAUGACCAUUUGGAGCUCGAAUGCGGCUCCUAAUAAAGUGGAAGAUUGCACGUACCUUAAAGGUAGUCCUCAUAACCAAGCUGAACUGAAAGAUGAGACUGGAAAAGCCUUGUACAAGGGCAUGAUUCGCAAUAUCAAGAAAGUUGCCUGGCAGCCCAGGCGGGAAGGAAGUACAAUGCUGGAUUUACUGGAGUCAGUGGAGGAGCUGAAUCCUGAAGUCAAGAAGAGAAACACAAGAUAUAUCUUCCCAUUCACUACCGUACUUGUUGACUGGAAGCAGGGGGUUAACCUGCCGCCUGUUUGGAUCAGCCGCACAAACUACAAGAAACUGAGCAGCACAGCUAAGAAAGAAGGCCUAAAAACAGACCGAAGAAUCUACGCGGUAGCUUUAGUUCAAGUGAAGAACUACCGGAAUUGGGCAGGAAAGCUACUUGACAACAAGUGGACAGGAAUGCAAAGAAUAGGCUUAGCGCAAAGCCCUACUCCAUUCCCAGAAACAUUAGAGACAGAACAGAUCUUGCUCCGUGGACAGUACGACCAUGUCCAGGACGAAAAAAGCGAGAACAACCAAGACCAGAGAACUCAAGGCCCAAGCUUGGGACUAGGGAACAGCCAGAACCGGGGCACCCGGAGCGAAAGCAACGAAGGCGAGCACAGCCAGGCCCAGAGCAAUGCGAUUAAAAGUGCCAAAAACCAGGGUAAUGCAGCAAGUCCUACAGAUUAUCAAUUUUCGAAUGAAAACCCGGUGGCCCACGACAAGAAACCCGAAAGCUCUCCUCAGCAAACCUUCAACCGAAAGAAGUUCUUGAAUGACAUCUUGAGCAUGAUUGAUGAUUUUAAUACUCUUCAGCUUGAAAAACAAAUGGAGAUGCGCACUCUUGCGCUGGCCCAAUACGAUCUCUAUAAGCGAAAAAUGGAAGAAGGCGGUGCUAAGGAAGAGCCGGUCUAG